AUGGAUAGUCUGAUCAAGGGCCUUAUGGAUGUGGUGCUCGACCAUCUCGGUCAAAAAGAUGAUGAAUCCCACAAUGAACGAUCUAGAUCAUCCUGGGCUCAGAGUGAAGGAAGAAGAAAUGAGGAGUGGCAGACUGAGGAUUCUAGACCUUCAAGGCGACCCCAAAAGGGUAUGAAAGAAAUGAAGGCAGAGAGCAGCAUGAUUAUAGCCGGAACUAGUGGAAUAGAAAGGUUGGUUACUGGAUUUUUUGAUGCUUUGACUCAUCAGAUCAGCUAA